AUGAAUAAUCAAAAUUCAUCAUCACUCAACUUUUUUGUAUUGGCUGAUAGCCAUGGCAGAUAUUUUCCUCGAACAUUUACAACAUCAUCAUAUAAUUUGGUCUCAAAAUUUGUACCAGGGCUGAAAUGGAUUGAUAAUCAUCAUCAAGAACUAUCUGUAUAUGCAUUAUUAUCGUCACCAGAAAUCCAAUUGUCUUUAUCCCAAGCAAAUGCAGUCUUAUUCUUGGUUGGAACUAAUUCUGUUAGAAUAAUGUCUGCAACGAAAAUUAUCCUUCAAGUCCAACAAGUGAUUCUUUUUCUCCAACAAACGUUUCCCCAUCUUCAUCAAGCUGGAAAAAUCAUAAUUGCUUUAACUUUUCCUUCUUUCAAUACAACACAUAGAUUUCCAACUCGAUCGUUCUUAAUGUCCAACAUCAACUUAUACAAUGAAAAAUUAAAAUUUUUAUCGUCCCAAAUGAAUUUCACCACUAUCGAUCUUCACAUCACUCGGCACCAUCUGCAAAACGAUAAUAUGCAUGUACAAUUUCGUUUUAAUGAUCUGAUUGUCAAUUCCAUUAUCAUCCAUUUUAAUCAAUUAAUUCCAACACCAUCAACAACAUCAAAUUCAACAUUGGAUGAAACAAAACCUUCUCAAUCCUCGUCUAGAAGUCGAGAAGCAAUACAAUGUCGUAAUCAACAACGUCAUGAAAAAAGAAAACUUAAACGACGACAACAUGUAAUAAAAAGAAAAUUACAUCAUCAAUGGACUAUACCCCAAAUAAAACAAUAUCUUGAUUCACUUCACGUACGGUAUGCAUAUAUUCCACACUUCUACAACAACAUUCUUCGAUUACAAUUUAAUAACCAACAGGAUCAAGAUUUUGCUGAUAGUAAAUUAAGUAUUGAUAUUUUUGAUGGAAAUCAUUAUAAAAGUUUUAAAAAUGAUCAGGCAUCAUAA